AUGUAACACCAAUAAAAUAUCUAAAACAAUUUCCAGUCAAUUGUGGAACUAUAUUACCAUCAAGCCAAGUUGAGCGGAGACAAAAGAAUGAGUGAGAUCAAGUCUUCCACUAAAAUUUAAGCUUGGCAUAAAAUGCAUAAAUUAAAAGUUAAAUAUAAAAAAAUCAGAUAUGUAUUUAAUUGAUUAAAUAGUCAACUGUUAUUAUUCAGAAGUUUGCUCGUGGAUAUAUUGCUAGAAUGCUAAUGAAAAGAAACAACGACUCCAGAUACAAUGAAAGAAAUAUUAAAUAUUUCAGUUAUCAUGCAACUUAGAUCUAAAGACAUUUUAGUUAUCAUUAUAGAAAAUAUUACAUUAAUUGGUCAACUAGAAAGGCCUAUCUUUAAUUCUUAAAAACCAAAAACUAAGACUUUCUGGAAGAGUUAAAGAAAGUCGAAGUUGAUGAAAAUUAAUAAUUGAAAGUUAGACAAGAAUAAUUGGCAAGAACAGAAUUUGAAUCCCUAGCCAAAAACUUACAUCAUCUUUCUUCUACAUAAACCAUUGCAGGUGUUUAUAAUAGGCCUUUUGGAAAUAAAGACAUUGUGUUUGAUUUGGAUGUUGAGAGCCAUCUCAAAGUAGUCUUUCAUAGUAAUUAUGAAUGGGAAAAGAAGAGACAGAUUUCAAGAUAUGCUAAAACCAGUAAAUUGAAUUACUCUAAUAAAUUAAAACCAUUGAAAUGAUAUCUUAAAAUAAUAUUCUCUGUCAAGUUUAUCAAUAAUUUAUAUAUAUUAUUCAAACCUGUAUUCAACUCAUCAUACUAUCUAAAUCUGGAUGAUUAAGUAGGUUUUUCCAUCUUUCGAAUUAUGAUUAAAUUGCAGUAGGUUUUAAAUUUAUAAAUUUUAAAUCCUUUUAUUCACUCCUUUAAUA